AUGGUUAGGAAAAUGAAAGCCAACAAUGAUCAAGAAUCACUUAACAGCUACGAUGCAGCUAUCGAAUCUGAAUACCACCGAACCGCGUCUAAGAAAGAAGAAAUCGAUAGAUCAUCGAAUCAAUCAAACUAUCGUAAGAUCGUUGCUGGAGUUUGUCUUGUAUUGGGUCUUGCCAUUUGUCGAGCAGGAAUGGCUCAAUUUGGUAGAAACUUAUAUACCAAUAGCAAUUUCACCGCAUCAUCGUUAGUUACAUGGUCUUCAAGAUCAACGGGAAUUAUUGUAUAUCCUAUGGUAGUAAUGAUAAUGAUCUUAACUGGUCAUAGCUACGAAGAUGUACACAGAGAGGGAUGUAAAAUUUUUGGCAAAACUGAAUUAUCAAUCAAAGAUACCGCAAAGAAGAUACUUCCAUUAAUGUUAAUAUCGAUAUCAGCCACAUAUUUCAAUUUUUAUGCACUUUCAUUAACAUCUGCAACUAAUGUGACAGCUGUAACCUCUACUUCAGCCGCUUUUGUCUACGUUUUAUCGUUAAUAUGGCUGAAAGAGCCGUUUCUAGUUAUACGGAUGCUUGCUGUUUGUACAGCAAUCGCUGGUGUGAUUUUAAUAGCCUAUUCUGAGGGGUUUGGAUCAUAUGGAAGUGUUGGUAUUGUUUUAGCUACUGCAAAUGCAAUCUGUUCAGCUUUUUAUCGUGUUUUCACGAAAAAAGUAAUUGGACAAGCAACUGUAGUACAAUCAUCAUUGUUUUUGAGUAUUUUGAGUUUUCAGUUGUUUCUACUUUGCUGGAUUCCUAUACCAAUACUAAUAUCAACUAAAGUAGAAGCUUUUACAGCAACUGACUUUCCUACAAUUCCAUUUCUUAUAACAACAUUAGCGCUUUUAGGCUAUGCUAGUAUCCUAACAGUUGGGAUAGGCUUAACGUAUCCGAUAUAUAUGUCGAUGGGUCCACUUUUAGCUAUUCCUAUUAAUGUACUCAUCGAUGUUUUCUACGAAAAAUUGCUUUUCGAUACUAUAAAGAUCGUCGGUACCCUUGCUGUAGUUCUCGGAUUUUUGAUUUUAACUAUACCUAUUCCUAUAAUAGCAUCUUUUUCAUCAAGAAUGCGUUUAAAAAUAGUACGUCUAUUUAAUUGA